UCACACCCACCCUUUGUCACCGGCCUCUACCUCACUCUUCUUUGCCCUCCUCUGCCUUCACCCUUCUUCUUCUUCUCUUUGUUUCUCUUCCAUCUAUUCACCGCUGCACCUUGCUUUCAUGUUUGCUGCCUACCUUCUGACAUGGACACAAGCAAGUCUGAGGAGCUGCGCUAUCCACCCGUUCGGGUCGACCAAUCUAUAGAAAAGCUCGACCUCAACAGCCUUAUCAUGAGGUCCAACGCUCGACCACACGCCCAAGAGGCCACCGCCUUGGACGAGAGCACCUACGAAGUCGUCGGCAUGAGUGAUAGUGUCUACGAAACCUCCGAUGACGAGGGUCACACGGCUUCGGUUGCCUCCACCACCCCGGACGACGCCUCCACCUUCGAUGACGAUGAAGAAGAUGACGAUUUCGCUCAAUACACGGAUGACCGUCCACUGCCUCUUGAAACCUCUACCAUCGAAGAAUCGCCCGAUCAUGACGCACCGACCGCCAUCGACGACAGCGCCCUCACCGAGGCACCCUAUAUGAGGCAUAGUGAGAGUCGAAGCGACAUCUGGAUGGUGCCUGAAGGAGAGCAUAACACAGACCAAAGCAACACAAAAGUUUGGGCUGUCACAAAGGAAUUCACCUCCGCACAAACAGCUGAAGGUGUACUCAAACCGUACCAAUGCAGCGACAUGAGGCUGGCGGUCCGGGCUGAUAUCUCUGCCUCCUACAUGCCGGCUCGUAGUGCAUUCAAGAUUCUAUACGUUGGCAACAUCUCAGAUUGGGCUAGAGUAGACGUCGAGUCUUGCAUCAGCAAAGCCCUAUGCCAAAGCCCAGGCCCUUCGAGAUCGAUCAUGAGACAAGGUCAAAUGGAACCCUAUGGCCCGGUGCUCUCUUCCGACCUCUGCACCGAUCUCAAACGACUAGAUGCUUCGGACAAGUCCUGCGCCGUGAAGGUCACGUUCGAUGACGGAAUGGAGAUUUCGUUCGGAAACUCAUCUAGAUACUCCACGAAACAACAAGCACGUCUUCCUGACCUCGUCGUGUUCUGGUAUCCGCACCCCAGGCUGGCAGCUCCAGAGAUCGAACACUACCCCGCUGCUUGCAAGGCCUUGAGCUACCAUAAGAUCCCCUGCCUUCAUGUUGCUGAAGACCGGCGGUUCCAUCACCAUUCCGAUAAUUCUGUCUGCGUCAAAAACAGUAUACAGCUCUGCGUGGAAGGCAGGAACGGAGAUUCCGAGGAUUUUGUGCUGAAAGAGAACCUUCCCAUCGAUAUGUACACUCUCCAGAAUCUUGACUCGUCUCAACUGAAUCGGCAUAUUGCCACUCUGCAAUCGCCAUCGACGUCACCAAAAGCCACCUCGCAAUCAAGUUCCUGGAGUCCCGGAAACUAUCACACCUACUUCACGAAAGUAAUCAGGUCGGUACACAGCUCGCCAUUGAAGUUUGGCCUUGCGGUGGGUCUCUUGUCAAUUAUGUUAAGCUGCUACUAUCUCGCGCUCCCCGCUCUAUCUUUGAUGCAGAACGAGUCUUCACUGGUACACGUACAAGUGGUCCCGAGUCUGUGCCGCUCUGGAGUCGGCAGCUUUCAGACUGCUGCGUCGCCAAUAUUAACAUCGACAUCCUCCGUGCCCCCGAAUGCAGCUACCUCCGCGCCCGGAAGUCUCAGUGUUGUACUGCCGUUGCAGAAGCUACCUUCCCGACGUACUGGCAAAAAGAAGGUUGAGAAAUCAUUCUAUGACAUCCACAUGACAGGGGGCCAUCAAUUCACGUUGAGUCCCGACAAAGAGUUGGCCAACCGCAAGAGCAAACCGCAGCUCCAGAUACAGGUCAUGAAGGACGCCGAGAAGAUUCCCAUCCGUUACACUCGCACGAUCGACGGCGGCUAUGUGGUAGAGCUCGAGCAGGAAUACCAGGUCGGGCUAUUCAACGUGAGUAUAUCUACCCACUCAAAGCCUUAUAAGAUGCAACAGUGGUUCACGGUCAGUCUGGGCCGUAACAAGACCGUGGUCGGGCAAUUCGUGGAUUUCGUCAACCGUGAUGUUGCUGCGACACAGGAGAACCUGAGGAAGAUGUCUUCUGUUUUAUCUGGACGCGCCAAAUCUGCGCUAUCUCGUGCAGGAAACAACAUCGAUGCGUGGAAGAAGCAGGUCCGCCUACCCGAGGCAGAUUUGGCAGGCAACGUACGCGAAACCCAAAAGGAGGUACAGCGGCAGUUGUCAUCUGGCAUUCACGUGCUUCAAGAAGUCACUGCAGAGACUUGGAUGGGUAUUCGCAAGGUCACUGCUCCUCUGCGAACAUCGGACGCCACACUCCGCGCGCGAGCCAAUGCUUUCAGGAUACGAUGUCGCUUCGAGGAAGCUGUUGGCCUUUCUGGCAUCAAGCCGGAUGGGGGGAAGUCUCGGGCGUGCAAGCAAGCUGGUCGGUGA